AUGAUUCAAUUAAAUUAGGGUAAAGAAUUAGUGAAAUACUAAUCCGGUGAGCAGGUUGAUAUUAUAAAGUCAUAGGCAGAAGAGAUUAAAUCACUCAAACUGAAGUUUUCAUAAAUUGAGGAUGACAAAAAAAAGAACAAAAAUGAAGAUAAAAAAAUCUAUGAGCAUUUAUAAAAAUUAGAUGAGAAACUAAAAACUUAAAUUACAAAAAAUAAGGUUUUGAAUGAGAAAAAUAUUUAACUUUAUAAGACAUUAUAAGAAAUACAGGUUGAUGGUUAUAUUAAGAAAGUUUAAGAUUAGCUUCAAUAGGCUUAGAGUGAUUAUAAUGAGCAGAAGUUCAAAUUAGCUAAAUACAAAAUGAAUUUGAGUGAGAAAAAUGAGUUUAUUAAAAGACUUUAAAACCAACUCGAGGAAAAGAUAAAUUCCAAAGAUAAGCAAUUAGAGAUUAUAUCCAAGUAAAAAUCUAACCUUGAAAUAUCCUAUACAAAGCUUCAAAAGCAAUAUUAGAGCAUUUUUACUUAGCUCUAAAGAUAUAUAGACUUAUCUGAUUAAGGUUAAAUGAUUUCGUAAAAAUCAACUACAGGAUAAGAAAGUAUAAGAACUGAACAAUAAAAAUUAUAAAUCAAUACACAAUAACUGCUUUAAUAAAAUAUGGUAAGUGCUAAUAAUUAAAGAAUUAGAGUUGGCUCUAUGAGAGUAAAUCAAGUAGAUCUUAAAAGUAAUUCACCUGCUACCACAUAUACAAGCAAGAAUUCACAUCUAUAGCACAGAAAACUAAAAAUAGAUAAUAAGUUCAAAAACAAAAGUAUGGAGCGCUAAGAAUUAUUUAAUAUAGCUGAGUCCUUAAUAUAGAAGCCUUCUAAUCUUAAUGAUUCAUUGGGCAGUAUAUCAAGAUAGUCUGCUGAAAGAAUAAUUGCAAGAAAUAAAAAUAAUAAAGCCUAGCUAUCUCAGUUACCUUCCAUUUUUUCUAAAGACAAUGAGAAUACAAUUCUAGAUGAAAGCAACAUUAAGAUCUAAGGUCUAAGAUAAAAAAGUUAUAAAGUUAUCUAAGACAUGAAAAAUAUGAAAAAUUCUCAUAUUCAUUCUUAAUCUGUACUGAUUCAUGAGGGUAAAGGCCUUAAUGAUAGCUUGUUUGACUGUGAUGAAGACAGCAGGAGCAAACAAUCUAUGAUUAACAUAUCCAAUUUUAAUAUGAAAGAACUAGAAUCAAAUACUGAACAUACUCCUAAAUAGCCUAAAUAAAGUCCUCCUAAUAUAAAAAUAUAGCGAUUAAAGGAUAAUUAGUAUGGAUCAACUGAACUUUUAAAUGAUAUUGAUGUUCAAAUUAGAAGUAACUCAGGGUUGCAAAAUAUAUAGCAGUAAACUCAAAAUUAAAUUCAGAGUUAAAGUAUCAGUAAAUUUAGAACUCAGAUACCAAAGAAAAGUUCAAUUGAUAGCCAAAUACACAUCGAAUAGUAAGACUAAAUUAUUUAGAACACUAUUUUUCAUCGAAAGAGAAAUAGUACUCAGAAUGAUUUAAUAAUAUAGGAGGAGGAAAUUUAUUAAGAGAGUAACAGUUUUUCUGAUUAAAUUUUGUAUUCUUGA